CUGGUGGUGCUAUGCGUACCGUUUCCCACAACAUUGAGUGCCAUAGACAACGUGGACUACGAGUACGAGUACGACAACGACGUGGACCCACAGCUCGACGAUAGGGGCGGCGGUAAUAGUCAAGUGAUGGCGGCGGCCGACGACACGGUGGCCACCGAUUCCGGUGCCAGCGAUGCAGAUAUACCGGGCGGUGACGGCCAUAGAAUGCCCAUCCGUUCUGUGGUAAACAAAACCGCAAAAAUCGGUACUAAACGACCGAAAGUGGUUAAAAAAUUGCCAGAUUUUGUCACAAACAACGAGACAAAAGUUGAACUGUUUGCUAAAUUAAUGAGAAAUCCGACCGUGGUCGAACUGGUGGAUAAGCUGCGCAUGCGUGUGGGCAAUUUUAGCAGGGCAGUUCGGGUCAAUUUACGUAAUUUUGCUGAUGAAGCCAAACAGGGAGUGUCUGAGGACAGUGUGGUUCACGUCCGCAACUCAUUGAUGGCUUUUAUCGAGAGUCUAGAGUUGUCUCCACUCUGUCUCAUGUCAUUCGUGAUGAUGAAAAAGGCACUUGAUAGAAAUGAACGAUGGCCACUUAAAUUUUACGACUCAAUGCAAAUCAAACCCACGGGACUAUUGGAGGGUUCGUUCACAAGCCUAGGCCUAUACUCAGAGUGUCUGGACAUAGAGAACGAACACUUCCCGGGCAUUAAAAUGAAGGGUCAGUACUGUUUGGCCAAAGUUGAGUUGCCAUUCAUGUAUCCCAAGCCUAACAACGAGUCCCAACACAGGAGUCCAUUACUGCCCGAUAAUAAUACACUCAAACUAUUGCAA